ACGGUGACAAACUAAAAUAGUUUAACUUUUUUCGAAAGUCGUGCGUUCGGUUCCAUUCUGCGCGAUAAAACUAAAACGCUCCCAUUUUAAUAAACGAACACGAAACGCAACUGCUGCUCUUAAAAUGAAUGGAGUUUUCUUCAUGACGUUAUAAUCUUGCACUAUUGAAAUUUGAGUAGAACUGUAGCGUUACGGCCGCGUCGAGUCGCUCGCGUGCAGACUAUAUUGACACCUGACAUGAGAGCUGAUAUUGUCAUUUAUAUGUAAAAGAAGACACGUAGACGUGUACGUAAAGACGAGUUUGAGGAUGUUAAAACUGUCUUGUAAAGCUCCACCUCUGGACGCGAGCACUGGGGCGGGCUCGAGACGCGUCUACCUGCUUCAGCCCCGUUAUUUAAAAGCCUCUGAGACAGACGCGCUGUCCACUCUACAAACAUACUCUGUGGGGAACAGCCUAGGGUUAAACCAAAGAACUGAAAAUAUAUAUAGUAAGAAAAAAAAAAUACUGUAGGCCUAUUGGAAGUGACGGACAACUUUUUCCUUUAUUCCUCGUUUUGAAUCAUAUACAGCAACUUCACAUUUGAAGGGACAUACAGAAGUUUCCAGCUGUCUUCUGUCCGGAGCGAAGUAUCACGCCGAAGAAUUGAUGGAGAUUUUGAGAAUUGAAAAAUUCCCUGGACAACUGCAUUUGCUUUGCACGGGAUAAUACAGUUUUACAGAGACAGGUUAUAGUUACGACCCAAAGGGGGUUCAUAACCUCAUGCCACAGGAGAACCUUGUCAAUAACUUUAUUAUUCUGUAGUUCUUCAGAAAACAUCUAUGUACUGGUGCUUUAAAGAACCCAGAAACCAGCACACUGAUCUGAAGAUCCUAUAAUGUAACAUCAAGAAUCUUUUAAUCUCCAGGAGAUCAUACAGGCAAAAUGGUUCUUAAUGAGAAGAAGGUUCUUUGCUGAACCCAAUAACCAUUGAAGAACCUGAUAAGAUCUAUGGCGUGAAGCAGAAGAGAAGAGGACAGUUUUCCAAGUGAUUAUAUAUAGAAGUGAUUACACCCUCAUCAUCACCACAGACUGGAUGUAAAGAUGACAAGCGUCUGGUUUGCUCUGCUGGGCUUCUUGUGGAGCUCUUCUUUGGCAGGUAGUGGUUCUGUACUGGACGGUUCUGAGCUUCAGCCCAACUUCAUACAUCGGAGGUUACGGAAUCAGGAGAAGAGAGAGAUGCAGAAAGAGAUUCUGUCCAUACUGGGACUGAACCACAGACCGAGACCGCAUCUGAACAGCGGCAAAUAUAAUUCAGCACCCCUCUUCAUGCUGGAUCUGUACAACAGCAUGUCCACUGAAGAGAAGAGCGACGUGGAUCAGUACAGAUCACUGUUUACCACCACACGACCCGCUUUAGCUUCACUUCAUGACACCGAGUUCCUGCACGACGCGGACAUGGUCAUGAGUUUUGUCAAUUUGGUGGAAAAUGACAGGGAGCUGUCUCCACAGAGACGACACCAUAAAGAGUUCAAAUUCAACCUGUCCCAGAUCCCAGAGGGAGAGGCCAUCACAGCUGCAGAAUUCAGGGUCUACAAGGAGUGUGUCACCAGGGCCUUCCGCAAUGAGACGUUCCUACUUAGUGUGUUCCAGGUCGUUGGGGAACACCCAGACAGGGAUGCCGACCUGUUUCUGCUGGAAUCUCGCAGGUUGUGGGCGGCUGAAGAAGGUUGGCUGGAGUUUGACAUCACAGCAACUAGUAAUCUCUGGGUGAUGAGUCCACAUCACAACCUGGGUCUACAGAUCAGUGUGGAAACCAGCAGUGGAUGGAGCAUCAGUCCCAAGGAAGCAGGCUUAGUGGGUCGUGAUGGCGCUCUGGAGAGGCAGCCUUUCAUGGUGGCCUUUUUCAAAGUAAGCGAAGUCCGUAUUCGCACUGCCCGGUCGACAGGCAGACGUCGUCAACAGAACCGCAAUCGCUCCAACAGUCCACAGGAGGCGACAAAAGGAUCAGCUCAUACAGAUUACAACAGCAGUGAUCAGAAGACCGCCUGCAGAAAGCAUGAACUGUAUGUAAGCUUCAGAGAACUGGGCUGGCAGGACUGGAUUAUUGCACCCGAGGGCUACGCAGCAAACUACUGUGAUGGAGAAUGCUCUUUUCCCCUAAAUGCCCAUAUGAAUGCUACUAAUCAUGCUAUAGUACAGACACUGGUCCAUCUGAUGAAUCCAGAGAACGUUCCAAAGCCAUGUUGUGCUCCUACCAAACUGCAAGCGAUCUCCGUGCUCUACUAUGACGACAACUCCAAUGUCAUUCUGAAAAAAUACAAGAACAUGGUGGUGCGCUCAUGUGGCUGCCACUGACACAGGGGACACGUACCCUCCUGCCCAACCGCUGCACCGCAGACACACAGACAAAUGUGUGUAAGGACUGACAAAACAAAAUAAGACAAGAACUAUGAACAAAUGUGAGACAAUGUCUCGACAGUGGAUCCAGGUUUGCUGCUUCUCCUCAUCUUCACACACGGCCAUUUCUCAUAAGACAUUUCAGAUCCUACAAACUGCCAAGAGGAUGUACAUCUGAAUCUACAGUAUGAAUAGAAAAUGAACCUGAUGUCUAUAUACUAAAACAAAGACACACAAAGGAAAUGUCAAUAAUCUUUAAAGGGUCACAUCAUACAUAAUAUACAUUUUUUGAGGUCCACUUAAAAUGCUACAAAAGCUUCACCAAAAGAGCCAAAUUAGCUGUUCUAAUACUAUUUUCCAUGGUCUCGUUGCCCCUUGGAAUUAAACGGGAUGUUUUGUUUGCUGCUGUGCCUUUAGACAUCUUGUUCUACAGUCUUUAUCUGUCUGAUAUUUGAUAGUUCCAGAACAAGUUGUUUUUGCAACUUUCAGGAACUUCCUCCCUAAUAUAAAUAGACGGUUUGAGUUCUGAAAGUUACAGUAGCUCUUUUAAUUCAAAAGAAACUUUGGUUCCUCAUGAUAUGACUUCUAACAUCUGAAGCACAGAAAUCAGAACAGGAAACUUUCGACUGUUUUGUGUAUUUUUGAUGAAGUCACUUGAACCCACAGGACUCUAUUUUAGGUCUCAAAAAAAAAAAAUCAAAUUAUUUUAAGUUUCUCAAUAUUUGCUCUGCAGUACCUGUGGUUUGCAUUGGUGAGUCAGAGCGAGCGGUUAUAUACUUCAACAGAACUCAAAGAACGGAACCAUUAUGUUGCCGUUCCAAGGAUGGAACUGUUUUUGAUGCCGUCCGACACCACAGAUCUAUAAUUUCCCUGGAACACCUGCACCUCGGAUGGCUUACAUCCAAAACCUCCCACAAGAACCUACGGAUAAUUUAAGGUUUUUCAGCAACAAAACCAUAUUCUAUGCCAACAUCCUCACAUGGGCUGUAGAUUUUCCACCACUUCAUGUCAAUAUUUAUUGUCAAACUUUUACUAUGCAGCUAUCCAUUUUUUUUUUUUUUUUUUUUUUUUUUACUGUGAGCCGUUGAAUGGUACAAAAGCUCUCUCUGGACAGGCUACAUAUGUUUAUUUUCAUAAUUGUAGCAAUAUCUUUUGUUUUGCCCUAUUUUGUAGGUUGUGAACCUAUAACCAUUUCCAUUUUUAUACCAAUACUGGAACCAAAUAGCUUCACAAUAUUUGGUUGUGUUUAUGGUUCCGGAAUGUCAUUAUUCUUCCUCUGACAUGAAAGGAACACUUCGUAAAUAUGGUCAUUUUAAUGCUGUUUGCAUUCCCAUUAAUCUCACUGCUAUAGAGGCCAAUAGAACCCUAUGCCAACCAGCCAAACCUGGACUGCUUAGAUCACAGUGACAGUGAUCACAUCACUGGAUGGCAUUGGUUUUUACUGUUGGUUGCCAGUAGGCACUCCUACUCAGCUGCAUCCAAAUCUGGCCCCAAAUCAUAACACGUUUCCCCCAAGAAUUGUUCUGUUGAAACAAUCUGUUAACAGGCAGCUGAGAGUAGUAAAAGCAAUAAUUUUCCAAAUAUUGUCAUUUUUUUAUGAUCCCUAAUUAUAUCACAUACCUCCUAUAAACUGCUGUUUACAUGUCUCAACCAUAUUUGGAUGCUUGUGUGUAAAUACUUGUACAUUUUACUGUUUAUUUAUUGCUCCUUUUAUGAAUCAUAUACCACAGAGAUCAUAUAACAAGAGUAAAGGAAAAAAUUAAAACGGCUAUUUUUGGAAAAAGACAUUUUAUUAUGAAAUUUGUCAACGUGCCUUUUUUUGUACAAAAAGCCCCAGGCAGUGUGUGUACCCUCUCACACAGGACAAAAAUACAGCGUUUUUCACCGAGGUCGGCCUUGACCAUGUGCCUCCCAUAAAGACUUCACUGAAUAUAUGCGGUUUCUCUGAUUGCUUUUCCCUUC